CAAUAGCUUCAGUCGUUAGCCAUCCGCAAUUCUGUCCAAAAUGUUUACCAAAGUGAUCGUUUUCGUGGCCGUCGCUGUCGCCUGCGCCGCCGGCAAACCUCUAACGGCGGCCGUCGUUGCCACCCCAACCGUCGUGACCGCUCAGAGCUCCCAGGUGGUGUCCCGGAACUUUAACGGAUUGGCCGCGGCAUACACCACCCCGGUCGCUGCCGCUUACACCGCUCCAGUUGCUGCCGCCUAUACGGCCCCAUUCGCCGCUGCCUACGGUUACGGUGUCCCUCUGGCCGCUGCUUACACUGCCUCCCCGUACGCCCCGUACUACCCGUACGUGCUGUGAAGGACCGAUCCCACGCCGAUCAUGGGGCACUAUUGCCGUUUGUUAAAAUAAUCACCA